AUGGCCACCUAUGGUGAAGGCGAUCCAACGGAUAAUGCCCAACAACUUUAUGAAUAUGUCAACACAACCGAUACUGAUUUCAAAGGAGUCACUUAUGCGGUGUUUGGACUGGGAAACAAGACCUACGAACAUUUCAACGCCGUUGGAAAGCUGUUUGAUAAAAGACUCGAAGAACUUGGUGCCGAGCGAGCGUUUCCGCUAGGUUUAGGAGAUGAUGAUGCUAACCUGGAGGAAGAUUUCAUGAGAUGGCGUGAAGCGUUCCUGCCAACGGUCGCUCAGCGUUUUGGAUGGGAACUAAACACCGACGCUGAAACUCUUCGUCAGUACCAUCUAGAGUUAGUUGAUCACAACGCCAAUGUCACUUUGUUCAAGCUAACUCGCGUUUCAAGGGGAGUUAUGGUCGCUUUGGGUGCAUUUGAACGCCUCCGUCCUCCAUUCGAUCAGAAAAAUCCGUUCCCGGCAACGAUAGCAGUAAAUCGUGAAUUGCACUCAGACAAAAGUGAACGUAGCUGCCGUCAUAUCGAGUUCGCCGUUGAAGGUAUUGAUUAG